CCUCCCCCUCUGAGCUGGGCUGGACUCUCGGAGGCAACAUUUACAACUAGUGACUGCAUGGGCAACAAGCUCCAAGAACCUCACAGGACCUCAACAUGAAAAGCGGUGUGGAGCACCUGUUCGACCAACUCGGCCACUUCAGCAGGUUUCAGGCCUACCUCUACUUCGGUGCUGUUUUCCAGGCCACAUCAUGUGGGAUUCACUACCUGGCCUCUGUUUUCUUGGUGGAGACCCCAAAGUUUCUUUGCGAUGCUCCUUUGAACAUCACUGAUGUCCUGUACAGAAACCACUCAACAAGCUCGCUGGAGGAGAUCUGGCCGCUUUAUACUCCUGGAAAUGGGCCAGUGGUGGUACGGACAGUUAACGGAGAACAGUGGGAACUUGGACCCUGUCGCAAAAUGCUGCGUCACUACACCCAAGGCUUUCAGUAUGAGUUUACUGGCAAUAAAUCUGUGGAGUCAUGUAAUGGCUAUGAGUUUGAUCAUAGCCAGGUGGAGCAGAGUAUUGUCACAGAAUGGAACCUGGUGUGUGAGAAGGAAUGGCUUUCCAAGCUUGCACAGCCUAGCUUUAUGCUGGGAGUCUUGAUCGGGGCACUGCUGUUUGGAGACAUCGCUGAUAGGGUUGGCAGACGUCCCAUUCUGAUGGCCACCAGUGUGUGUCAGUUUGUAUUUGGCAUCACUGUGGCAUUUACAGGAAACUACUACAUUUUCAUGGUGAUGCGCUUCCUGCUUGCCAUGGUGUCAAGCGGCUAUCUAGUCGUGGUUUUUGUGUACGUUACGGAGUUCACAGGCAGCAAAGUGCGGACGUGGACAUCCAUGCAUGUGCACGCAGCAUUUGCCGUAGGUGUCAUGGUGGUAGCCCUGGUGGGUUACCUGGUCCGAGUCUGGUGGCUCUACCAGGUCAUCCUCACCCUCAGCACCUCUCCCUUUCUUCUGUACUGCUGGAAGUUCCCUGAGACGCCAUUCUAUCUGAUGGCCAAAGGACGGCACCAGGAAGCCCAGGAGCUCUUGGAUACCAUGGCCCGUUGGAAUGGACUGGAGCCCAGACUGAAGGUGUCGGAGCUGAUAGAGGAAAGCAGGAACGUAAUUAUGGAGGACAAGCAGCGAGAUGACAGCAAGCUGGAGGAACCGGAGAAGAAGUUGAGUAUCCUGAACAUGUUCGGCAGUUGGAAGAUGGCUGGACGAAGCGCCACAUGUUGUGCGAUCUGGUUCAUCGGCUCACUGGGUUACUACGUGUUCAGCCUGGGCUCUGUCAACCUGGGUGGAAAUCAGUACAUCAACCUCUUCUUGGCUGGUGCUGUUGAAUUGCCAUCCUACUUAAUUGGCUGCUUUGCGAUGGACCGGAUCGGGAGGAAAAUGACGUGUGCUCCAGCGCUGCUGCUGAGUGGAGUUGCCUGCAUGCUCAUCAUUGCAGUGCCUCAGGACUUUGAGAUUUUGGCUGUCGUCCUGAGUAUGACAGGGAAGUUUGCCAUCGCCAUCGCGUUUGGCCUCAUUUACUUGUACACAUGUGAGCUGUACCCAACAAUUAUCAGGUCACUUGCAGUGGGGAGUGGAAGCAUGUCAUGUCGGAUUGGAAGUGUGGUGGCUCCCUUCUGCGUUUACCUUGCAGACAUCUGGAUCUACCUGCCUCAGCUCAUCGUGGGUAUCCUGUCUUUCAUUAUUGGAGUUUUGACCUUCUUCCUGCCAGAGACACUGGGGGAGCCGCUCACCUCCACUUUGGAGGAGGCAGAAGCUCUGGGCACGAAGUCAAGCAAGAAAAUAAGAGACAAUGAGAUACAAAUGAACCUGGCUGACAGCAAAGCCUGAGUCAAAAGAGACUGAAGUAAUCAGAAAUUCUCAUCAACUUCCAUGUGCUGGUUGCACAUUCUACACAACUCCAUAUAAGGGUAUUUUUAGCAAUAGAUUUGUUCAGGAAGACUACUCUAAUUGAGGAAUGAAGACAAAAACAUAUUAAUAGCAUCAACUGUGGUAAUAAAAGCAAAAAUGACUGUGAAGGCCUUCUUUGUUGUGUGCAGCACAAUUAUAUGUUUUUACCUCAGGUUCUGACGUUUAAAGUAAAGUACUUAACUGGUCUGUCAUGGUGAAUCUGAGAUUUUUUUAAUUUUUAGGGUCCAGGUUGAUUUAUUUUUUAUUUUUUCAUUCUUAUUUGUCUUCUUCCCUACUAAAAGAAACGGGUGGCCAAAGACACAGAAACAAUUUGGUGGAUUUGGUGGAGAGGUUCAGUGCUUCCUUGCACUGGGUUGAGACCAAAUUUGAAAGAUGGCAAGAUAAUUGUAGUCUGAGGAGGCAUGUGAUGAAUAGGUUUAAACUGGAUAUAGAUUUUGCUAAGCUCUGCUAAGAUGAUAUGCUGCUGUGUUUUAAAAUGAUUUUUAAAGUCACAACUCUUUAGGUUUUACAAUAUGUGUUUUAUUAUAUUUAUUUUAGGUGCCACAUGAGUACGUAGGAAGCCUAGUUCCAGUGUUAGUUACACUGUCCUGCAGAUUAAAACUGCUGCUGUCCUAAACAUGUGCUGCCAGUCAAACAUUUUCUACUGUUACAAACCAUUCUGAAGUAUAUUUCAUUGCUGUGAGGUUACAAGCAAUCAGAUUGCACACAACACUGUUCCACAGUAGCACAUCGGAGCUGUCUUAAUUGGAGCUGAAACGUCUAGAUUCAAGACAGUGGCAAAUAUGACAGAUAUUCUAUGUCUGAGAUUUUAUUUUGCCAAACUGUAUGUGAGAAGUUUUUUUUUUUAAAUGACUUUGUGUAUAGAGAACUAUGAAAUAAGCUAUGUCUUCUGCAAAAUUAAUUUCAGUGCCUUGCACAUGCCCUGAAUGGACCAAAGAGUCUGUGACUGGACUAAAUGUGCAUAAAGGUUUCUUUAAACACUUAGUAUUGUAUAUUCUUCCAUUUUCAUACCAGAGCCUUUGUGUAAAGGAUGUUAUGAAGAAUACUGUAUCACUGGUAUUUUGUUACAUUUCAGACACCAUGAAGUAAUGAUGCAUACGUAUGUCAUUCGGAUGUAUUUUUGUACUGCUGGCUUUUCCAGCUGUUUCAUCAGUACAAUGAAAUAAUAUAAUUGUGAGAAUGAUUUGA